AUGACAGGGGCGCAAUCCGAGAAGACACGAUUAGAACUCAGCAAGCGGCGACAGCAGCUCGAGGCGCGACUGAGCACUCCCGCAUGUGACAUCUCCCGAGAAGAUUCCAAGUCCGAACAGCACAGUCAAGACUCUUCGCCUUCGAGCAGUCGGACUAUGGACAGUCAGACCGGUGUCAUGAGGAACAACCCUGAUGCCGAUGCUGUUCUCGCGAAAGCGUUGACUAUUGUUGCGCAUGUUUCUGGUGUUACGCCGGACUACAAUCUGGGUGGUCGAGUUCCUGGCGAGGCGGGACUAUGGCGACACCCGCCCGCCUUGAUACGGCAGAGACGUUUGGCCUCCACGUUAUGA